AUGGCCGACGAGGAGAUCGCCAAGUAUCUCGAGCAGAGCCACGACCGGCUGUUCGAGAACAACCGCGCCUGGGCCGAGGAGAAGAAGAAGAAGAACCCCGACUUCUUCACCCACCUCUCCGAGGGCCAGAACCCCGAGUACCUCUGGAUCGGAUGCUCCGACUCGCGCAUCCCCGCCGAGCAGAUCACCGGUCUGGAGCCCGGCGAGGCCUUCAUCCACCGCAACAUUGCCAACCUGGUCUGCAACACCGACCUCAAUGCCAUGGGUGUCAUCAACUACGCCGUGCGCCACCUGGGCGUCAAGCACAUCAUCGUCUGCGGCCACUACGGCUGCGGCGGUGUCAAGGCCGCCAUGACCCCCAAGGACCUGGGCCUGCUCAACCCGUGGCUGCGAAACAUCCGCGACGUCUACCGCCUGCACGAGAAGGAGCUCGAUGCCAUCAAGAACCAGGAAGAGCGCUAUAACCGCCUUGUGGAACUCAAUGUCAUCGAGCAGUGCCGCAACGUCAUCAAGUCGGCCGAUGUGCAGCAGUCGUACCACAAAAACAAGUACCCCAUUGUCCACGGUUGGGUCUUCGGCUUCAAGGAUGGUCUGCUUAAGGAUCUCAAGAUCAACUUUGAAGACGUCUUGCAUGACAUUCAGAAGAUUUACAACCUGGUGGACUAG